CUUCUUCUUCGUCUUCUAAAACUUCCAAAAAAGAAAGAAAGAUUAGUCUUCUUAAACCAUUGAAAGAGAUUUGGUGUUAGUCCUUAACUACAUUUUGAGUCCACCAGUUAUGAGUGUGUGUAUGCAAUAAGAUAAGAAUAUCUCUGAGGAAAGGUAUCUGAAGCUCUGAAAAAACUUGGUGUAAUGUUUUCCAGAAUUGCACUUGUCCUAUCCUUUCAAGUUUUCCUUUGCACUCUGAAGUUCCAACCCUCAGAAGCUCAAUCAUGGUUCAAAAUUGGUUACUGGUACUAUAGCAGUGACGGAAUUCCCAUAUCAGAGAUAAACUCUGCCCUCUAUACUCACCUGAUAUGCACUUUUGCUGAGGUGAACACUUCCACCUUUGAGCUCUCUGUCUCCUCAACAAAUGAGCAACACUUUUCUACUUUCACAAGCACUCUCAAACUCAAGAACCCAUCCAUCACUACACUUCUCUCCAUUGGGGGUUACCAAAACCGGACUUCCAUCCAAUCCAUGAUUACCAAUGUUUCUUCAAGGAAACCCUUCAUUCAAUCUUCAAUAAGAAUGGCUAGGCUUUAUGGAUUUCAGGGCCUGGACUUGUACUGGACUUCCAUUGAGACAAGUUCUGAUGCUGACAAUUUGGGACAACUUUUCCAAGAAUGGAGAGCUGCUGCAAAAUCUGAAGCAGAAACAAACUCCACACUUCAAGAAUUGAUCUUGACUGCAGUUGUUCGAGCUUCACCUGAUUUGUACCCACUUGAGUCAAUCAAAAGUAACUUGAAUUGGAUACAUGUUAAUGCAUAUGAUUAUCACACACCCUGGAAACAAAACUUCACUGGUGCACCUUCAGCUUUAUAUGACCCUGCAAGUGAUAUCAACACUGACUAUUAUAUCACGGCAUGGAUUAGGAAGGGUUUAUCACCUAGCAAGUUGCUUUUGGGUUUGCCUUUCUAUGGAUAUGGUUGGGAACUUCAAAACCCCAAUAACAACUCAAUAGGAGCACCAGCAACAGGUCCAGCAUUUGAUGAUCAUGAUGGAUCUAAAAGCUAUAAGGACAUAAAAAAUGAUAUUCAGAAAAAUGGGGCUGCAGUAAUGUAUAAUGACACUUACGUAACAAACUACUGUUCAUUUGGAUCAACUUGGAUAGGCUUUGACGACGUUGAGGUUGUCCGAAAGAAGGUAUCAUAUGCCAGGGAAAAGAAGCUACUUGGUUACCAUGUAUGGCAAGUUUCCCAUGAUGACGACAAAUGGACACUUACAACCGCAGCAGCUGAAGAGGUUGGCGAAGACAAAAAGGACGGGUGGAAAUUAUUAGCGAUCAUUUUGAGUAUAACUGCUAUAGUUAUUCUCAUUUUAGGUGUCAUUAUCUUCUAUCUAAGGAAGAGAAUAUUCAAACCAACCGGGACGGUUAAUGCUGCUAAACAAUCUCCGCUUACAUUGAAUAAAGAAGCUGCAGGACCUUUUCAUGGGGAUGCUCCUGAUUUACAUGUCUAUAGAUUUUCUGACAUUGAAGCGGCUACAGAUAAAUUUUCAUAUGAAAAUAAGCUCGGACAUGGUGGUUAUGGUCCUGUUUACAAGGGCAUCCUACCUGAUGGUCAAGAAAUAGCCGUAAAAAAAUUAUCAAAAGCUUCUACACAAGGUUUUGAGGAAUUCAAAAAUGAGGUAACAGUUACUGCAAGGUUACAACAUGUGAAUCUUGUACGGUUGUUGGGUUUCUGCAUUGAAAGAGAAGAGCAGAUGCUGGUGUACGAAUACAUGGAAAAUAAAAGCCUGGACUUCUACCUCUUUGACCCUAUUAGACGGCAUAUGUUAGAUUGGAAUAAGCGUGUUGGCAUCAUUGAAGGAGUUACGCAGGGUCUUCUUUAUCUUCAAGAAUAUUCAAGAUUCACCAUAAUUCAUCGAGACAUAAAAGCUAGCAAUAUUCUAUUAGACUCUGAGAUGAAGCCAAAAAUUUCAGACUUUGGGAUGGCAAGAAUAUUCACUAAAGAUGAACAAGAAGCAAACACUAGCAACAUUGUGGGAACAUAUGGUUAUGUUCCUCCUGAAUACAUUAAGGAAGGUGUGUAUUCCACUAAAUCUGAUGUAUACAGUUUUGGAAUCCUCCUUCUACAAAUUAUAAGUGGCAAGAAGAUAGCUGGCUUUUAUGGAGAGAACGAAGAUUUAAAGCUCUUGGAAUAUGCUUAUGAGUUAUGGAAAGAAGGAAAGGGUAUGGAGUUCGUGGAUCUUGCACUUGAUGAUACAUCUUCACCGUGCAAACUAAUGAGAUGCAUGCAAAUUGCUUUAUUAUGCGUCCAAGAACAUGCAAAUGAUAGGCCUUCCAUGCUUGAAGUUUAUUCAAUGUUGAGAAAUCAUAAUAACUCUCUAGCCAUCUCCAAAAAGCUUGCAUUUUCAAAAGUGAGAGAUGAGGAAGAAGUAAAUGAGUUUCAACCCCUACAAAGUAUUUCAGUCAAUGAAGCAACCAUCACUCAAAUGGUGGGCAGAUAGUACUAUUAGACUCAGAUGCUAAGUUUGCUUCUAUGCAACAAAGAAACGUAAAAGCAUGUGAUAUUACAGUAAUAAGGCCUUGUGGUGACUACAUUUGAAAUCCCAAAAAAAAUCUCAAACAGCCGCUUUCUCCAAUGUUAUUCUGGUGUACACUCUAUUCUGUCAAUUGUUAGUUGAUGAUUAAAGUCUAUAUAGUGGAUAGGACCAGUUAUAUAUUCUCCUCUUUUAGUGGUAUGUAUUUAAGUUGCUGUUGUGAUAAAUAAAUUAUCAGAUUAAAAAAUUU